AUGCAGUCCAUUCUGCAGCUCCUCUCGACCCUAGCAGGUGCCGUUCUGCUGCCCGUUCUGGCUGAGGCUCCCCAGUUCCACAACUCGGCCAGCUACGAAGCUGCUGACCCCUACACCUUCUACGAUACCCAGAGCGGGCAGUUCUUUGCGUAUUCGACUGAGGGUGCCGACAGCGGCUACAGCUUUGCCGUCUACAGCAGCCCGGACCUAGCGACGUGGCAGAAGCAGCCGGGCGGCGUGCUGAAGACGUGCUAUGACGUCGACGGGAACCAUCUCGACGGCGGCCAGGCCUGUUGGGCGCGCGACUGGCUCUGGGCCCCGGAGACGUACUACAACGACCGCACCGGCUGGUACUAUUUCUUCUUUUCCGGUCGUCUUCUCGAGAGUCUGACGGCCGACCACUUCCGCUACUUCGCCUUUGAGGAGCCGUCGAAGCUGGGCGUCGCCGUGUCGCGCUCGCCCACGGGUCCCUUUCACGAGAUCGAGCCCCGACCGAUCGACUGGUAUCCCUUCGACCCGACCUACCACGAUGUCAACCUCAUCAUGGACGAGGCACAGAUGCUGCCGCCGUCGAGCCUGCGCCAGGCCGAGACCGCGCCCCGGGGCACCUUCAUCCCGACCAUCGAUCCAAAUGUCUUCUUUGACGAGGACGGCCGGAUCUAUCUGUAUGCAUCGCGCAACGCCUAUCGCAAUUGGGUCUGGGACACGACCCUGGGCAAGCACAUUGAGGAGUCCAACAUCAUCGUCGUCGAGCUGGAGUCGGACUGGUGGGACGACCCGACUGCGGCCACGAUGCCCGAGAUCGUGGCUACGCAGAAGAAUGCUAUGGCUGCCGACGCGUCGCCGGUGCCGGCCAACAUCACGGCGUACAACGGCACCGGAACGAUCGGCCGGCCGCCGCGCCAGGACGGCUGGACGACUGUGAUCUCGUAUGGCGCCGAUCCACAGGCCUGGGAGAACUACCACGUCCACGACUACCGGACCUUUGACGGCACCAAGAAGGAUCGCCGCUGGUCCGAGGGCAGCACGACCAUCCGGCGGCCCGACGGCGGCGGCAGCAACACGACUGUCUACCUGCUGACAUACAGCGCCAACAACUACGAGGCGGCCAGCUACGGCGUGGGCUUUGCGACGGCUGCGUCACCGCUCGGCCCGUUCAAGAAGGCGGCCAAUAACCCUGUCCUGACGGAGCGGCCAGACGCUGUCCUUCCGAUCUACUCGACCGGCCACGGCUCCAUUGUGGCGUCGCCGUCUGGCCGCAACUCGACCCUUGACUACGUCAGCCCCCAGGAGGUCACGCACCGCACGCCCGACGGCGCUGAAUUGUUCUACGUACACCACGCGCGCAACAGCACCGCCAGCGCUCGCUCCCUGUAUACGACUCGACUGACAAUCGACACUGCCGCUGUCCACUUUGGUUCCGACGACGCCAUCAGCAUGCACCUAACACCGCUGGACCAGCCGCUGCCGCUGAACACGUAUCCGCUGCAGAUGGAAGCCAGCCGUGUCAGCAACGGAUUGGUCGUCCGCGUCACCACGACGUUUGGCGGGGCCUUUGAUCUGACCGAGGGCUCAAACCGUGUCGUCGGUCUGCCAGGGGACGUGCUGGCUACGUCUACUAAACAGAGUAGCGGACAAGACGGCUCCUUCGUUCUCCAGUUUGGGAGUUUUGCUGUCACCGGCUUGGCAUACCAGCGUCAGAGUGUCAAUGGCACAUGGUCCACCGUUGUGCCUAGGAAUGUCAUCGAGGCUGGCGUAGUACCAUAG